UAAAGUUUAAAUGCAAUGAUAACACUAUUUGUUGGGUUUUGAGAAAUAGGUCCCAAUUCCCUAAAACCCAAAUUAUUAAUAUCCCAAUGAAAUCAUAGCUGAUAUUAAAAUACACCAAAAAGCUGAUGGCGUUUGCUUCUAUAAAAGGAAAGUUAAAGAUUCAUUCUUUGGAAUCGUUAUUGUAUUUCCAAAAAUCCCAAUCAGACAUUCAAAAAAAGCUGGCCAAAAAGAAUAGCAAGUUGCUUCUAACUGAAACAACGGAUUUAGGAUGUCUACAAAAGCCAAAGACUACAUCUUCAAGCAACCAAUAUUACCAGUGCCUAACUGAAGGAACAGAGUGAUUAGGAGAGGAAUAGAGAGUUCAGUUAGCUAGAGAGCUCUUAUGGAGAAAACAGUAGAGGAAAAUCUUUUCAAUGGUGAGAGAGAAGCACAGAUUCAGGCUGCAACUGAACUUGCUAAUCUAAGUAGUAAACAGAAGCACAAGCUAGCAGAAAGAGGUGUGAUUGUACCCUUGCUUUCUAUGCUUCAUUCUCAAAAUUACGAAGCCAUCGAAGCGGCUCUGUUUGCUCUGCUCAGUCUUGCCUUUGGCAGUGAACGGACCAAGUGUCGGAUUGUGAAAUCUGGGGCCGUACCUGUUUUGCUAAAUCUCCUUCAGUGCCGAAACAAGUCACUGAUGGAGCUCUCAGUAGCAGCCAUGUUGAUCCUCUCAUCUUGCAAGGCAAACAAGCUGCCAAUUGCUUCAUCUGGGGCAAUUGAAAUCUUGGUUGAAUUUAUAAAUGAAAACUAUUCUAACGAUAAUGAUAUGAACAACACCAUCAGUACGCAAGCCAAACUUGAUGCCAUUUCCACUCUUCACAAUCUCUCCACUUGCCAUCAGAUAAUUCCAUCAUUUGUCUCUUCUGGUUUAGUAUUUUCCUUGCUUCAGCUCAUUCACAGCUCGGACAAAUCAUGCGAGUUGGUUAACAAGGCAAUUGCGCUGCUAGAAGAUAUUGUUUCUUUAUCAGAAAAUGCGCUUCAGCAAACUGCUGGUACAGCCAGUGCAAUUCGAGCACUGGUUGAGACAAUUGAAGAGGGUUCUCCACAAUGCAGAGAACACGCAGUGAGAAUCUUGCUGUUUAUAUGCCAGAGCUGCAGAGAAAAAUAUCGAGGAUUGAUAUUAAGGGAAGGAGUGAUGCCUGGGCUGCUUCAGUUGAGUGUGGAUGGAACAUGGAGAGCUAGAAAUACAGCUCGAGAAUUAUUGUUGCUUUUGAGGGAUUGCUCGAAAUACAGUUCAAGAAACAAACAAUCAAAGCAUGAACUGAUAGAGCAGAUUAUGCAAGAAAUUGAUGCAGAAGAAGAGAGAGUUGUGGAAACAACAACACUCAGAUUGGUGGAGGAGAUGAUUGCAAAGCUCAGUACAUGAUGUUAUGGUUGUUUCCUUCAUAUUUUAGGAUGUUUGGUCCAUUUGCUAGGAUUAUUCAUUGUAUCAUUAUGAAAAUGGUGUGCUCUCUGUGUAAAUAGAAUUGGGCUUCAACUUCUUUGAUA